AUGCGGCCACGACUGCGAGGCGAGAGCAGGCUUAUAUUAAUAGGAACCAUCAGCCGAAUCCAUUAUACUCUUUCGCCAUGUAAAGGACGGCCAUUGUCAACGAGUCAAGGACAAACAACCGACGAGAAUAAAAAGACAAUUUUAGAAGUUAGGCAGUAUACGAAAAGAGGAAGAGUAUCAGAAUAUACAUCCUUCCAACCAUCAUCACCGGCCAAUAGCAAUGCAUCUAAUGGAUCUAGCAGAACGACCGCAUGGCAUCAACAACCUUCAUCAUCAUCAACAUCACCAAAACAUUAUACUCGAGCACUAGACGAAAAGUUCCAACUAGCCUUUCUACCAAAGAACUACCAUUCAUCUGUAACAGCCGACUACAUUCCAUAUUCCAUCUACCAAUUCCUGCACUCUGUGACGGGCACCAUAACCGGAACACUGUCAACCCAAGCUCUCCUCCAAGCACUCGGCAUGGGCGCUGCAACAUCCAUAGGACUAGCAGCUACCACAAACUGGAUUAUAAAAGACGGAUUUGGACUCUUAGGUGGUGUCAUAUACGCUGCUGUAGUAUCAAACAAGUUUGACGCUCAACCGAAACGAUAUAGAUUUUAUUCCGCAUUGGCUCUACAAGCUGCUACAAUACUAGAACUAGUGACUCCUAUGGUCCCACACUUGUUUCUCCCACUAGCAUCAUUCUCAAACAUUGCUAAAAACGUUGCAUGGCUUGCAUCAUCUGCCACUCGAGCUGCAAUGCAUAGAGGAUUUACAAAGGAGGAUAAUUUAGGUGAUGUAACUGCUAAAGCUGGUGUGCAGGCUACCGCUGCUGGACUUGUGGGGACUGCUUUAGGUGUUGGUGUGUCGUGGGUUGUCGGGACGCAGCCGUGGAUGUUGGGAUUAGCAUUCUUCCCCUUGUGUGUUGCUAAUCUGGGGUUUGCGUAUAUGGCUAACGUGUGUGUUGUUACGAGGUCGUUGAAUGUCACGAGAGCAGAGUUGGCGCUACGGCCUUUAAUUGUUGAUUUGGUCGCUACUACGCCAUCAAUGACUGAUACUCAGCAGUCAAGUGAUACCGCUACAACAACAACAUAUCAAACUAUAUCGACUCACAACGGUGACGACGACGAUUGUAUAAUUACCCAAAAGACACCUACACCAGAUGUCGUAGGACGUCAAGAAUGGUUUUUGAUGAAACAGCCAUCUGAAUUCAGUAUUCCAUUAAUAAUAGAAGCUCCGCUAUCAAAGUAUCUGCCUCGUCUUACGGAAACGGAAGCAGACGCUUUUGUGCAUGGCAGAUACGUGCCAAGUGGAUGUCAAUACCGUAUACUGGUGGUUAAUAAGAAGAAUAAGGGUCGACGGGUGUAUUUAUGGCUUUUAGAGGAUGCCAAGACUAAGGAUGUUGUGGCUGCUAUCUAUCAUUCAUGUAUAUUGAGAGUCGUAUUAGAGAAACAUAGUAGUAGUGCUACUAGUGAUGUUGAUACCAUACAAGCCAUGGAACAAGCUAAUGAACUGGCUCAACGGACAUUUGAGCCAACGUUCACAGGAUUGGCACAAAAGGGGUGGGACGUGAUGAAUGUGCAUAUUGAAGACAAUGACAUGAGGCUCGAGUUGAUUAGUGGGCAACUCGCGAAACGAAAAAUGCGUGAUGCUAAUAAUGAGGAAUGA